AAGUGAAACCAUAGCCACACCCUCAGAACAGCAGCUAUAUAUGCAUAUAUAUCUGAUAUCACCAAUAUCUUAGCAUAAAGGCUACACAAAUGGAAGACAAAGUUGCAAUAAAAAAAUUGCUGCAAGUUGAGGAAAAGCUAUAUGAUAAUAAUACUAUGGGAUCUACACUUCUCAGUUUGAGCCUGAAUAAUUCAGAACAUUCUCUCCACCAAAUUCAAGGACAACCCCAAACCCAAAUGGGUAUGCUGCGAAUCAAGCUUGAGGAAGCGAAGAAAGAGAAUGAAAAUUUAAGAGCUAUGCUAAAUCAGGUUAAUGAACACUAUACUGCUCUUCAGAAUCGCUUGCUUUUGACGCUGCAGCAGCAUCAACUAUCUUCAUUAUCUCCAAAUAAUCACCACUUGCAGCAGGGAAAUGGACAACAUGUUGAGAAACCAGUGUUACCCACUAGACAGUUCUUAAAUAUUGUUGAGACUUCACCUUCAGAUGGCAGCAAAACAGAAGGAUAUGCCUCCCUUGAAAACGUUGAGAAUAACAUGUACAGAAACCUUGCAUAUGCGUACAAUGUUGAAGGUAAAAUCAACAGCCAAAUAAUACCGCAAGAAGCGAAACGCAUAGAAGAUCAAGCACAUGGUUCUUGCAUGAAAGCUAGAGUUUCCAUACGGGCACGAUCUGAUUUUUCUUUGAUGGGAGAUGGGUGUCAAUGGAGAAAGUAUGGACAAAAGACAUCCAAGGGCAACCCUUGUCCCCGUGCCUAUUAUCGUUGUAGCAUGGGAACUGCAUGUCCAGUUCGUAAGCAGGUGCAAAGAUGUUUUAAGGAUGAGACAGUUCUCAUCACAACCUAUGAAGGAAACCAUAAUCAUCCACUCCCACCAGCAGCAAGACCUAUGGCAAGCUCAACAUCAGCUGCAUUAAACAUGUUCCUUUCUGGCUCAACCACAAGUUUACAUGGCAGCAGUGUGUCAAAUUUAAGCCUCUUCUCUUCAUUAUCUAAUACUGCUUCCACUGCUUUAGCUACUUUCUCCCCAUCUGCAUCAUGUCCCACAGUAACACUGGACUUAACCCAACCCACUAAUGACUACUUGCAAUUCCAAACGGCCACUUCAUCAAACCACAGACAAUCAUUGUUCCCAUUGCCAGAGUACGGUUACACUCAAACAUUUGAGGGGUUGAACUUGUGUUCUAAGCUUCCAACUAUGGUAACUGCAGAGAAAAACCUUGCCUUGGUGGAUGUUGUGAGUGAAGCUAUAACCAAAGAUCCUUCUCUCAAGGCAGCAUUAUUUGCAGCCAUUUCCUCACUCAAUGGAGAUUCUCAGAACAUCAAUAACCACAACCAACCUAGUAAGAGUGGAUAUGAUCCUUGUUCUAAGAUGCCUUCAAUACCACCACAUCAACCCUACACUACUCAAUUGAUUUAGAGUUAAUAUAUAUUAUAGUUGUUAAAUUAAUAAAUCCAACAGCAAAUAUGGCUUGCCUGCCAGAAGAAGAGGUGAACAUGUUAUUUAUAUUUAAAUAUA